AUGCGACCCAAUCUCAUUCCGAAUCGUGGCUGUCGGGUGCUCGCGAUUGAGCUCGGCAUCCGUGCACGCCACCCAUUCCUGCUAUUAGUGUCCUUCCCAGUCAGUCAAGCCAUCACCUACCUCUUCCGAGAGCGUUUCCGACUUCGGGUUAGCGAUCCUCGUUCCUCGACUAUUACCGCUCAUCCCAUCCCCGCCCACACAAAACUUGAACCAUUGGCGGAGCCUUGGCGGAUCCUCACCUGCGCCGAUCCUCUCUACGAGCUUGUAGCUCGGAUAUCUGGCCGAAUAUUACAUGCAAUGCAAAAUGCGAAUCAUGUCCCAAGGGUACUCGCCUUGCGCCCUCCCUGCCUUGUCGACGGAUUACAGGCCGGUAACUGUUCCCUAUUCGACUUCGAAACACUCCCAAGCUGCUCCUGCACCAACAUUCCUCUGCAGGCUUCAAUCUCGGCCUGCGUCCAGACCUCUUGCCAUUUCGACGACCAAGCGAAAACUUCCAUCCUUGUGGGACAGAUCUGCGCACCUUUCCCCAGAGAAUCUAGACGUGACGAAGUGAAGGCCGCUGCGAUUGCAUGCCUGGUACUCACUGUGGUUGUCGUCUUCUUGCGAUGUCUAUCCAGAUUCGCCGUCUCCAGUCGGCUCUGGUGGGAUGACUGGACGACUUUGCUCGCAACAGCCUUGCUCAUCGCCUUGACGAGCGUCAAAAUUGCAGGUGCCGGCUUCGGAUUCGGGCUACACUAUUGGAAUGUCAACCCUGCGAAUGCGGAAACAAUCUUCCAGCUCUUCUACACUGCGCAGAUGCUUUACAUUCUGAUCCAAGUCACUGCCAAGGUUUCGAUUCUAAUCCUUUUCUGGCGUAUAUUCACGGUGCGCUGGUUUCGGAUCACGGUUUGGUGCUGCGUCACGUUCUUGAUCAUCCAUGGAUUGCUAUUUCUCCUGCUCAUCGCAUUCCAUGAUCCUAGUGAUACCGAUCUCGAGAUCCUCAAGCUGCAACUUACCAUCCAGAAGAAGAUUGCAGUAUGCCUUAUGUUUGCCAUUGGCUCAUUCGCUUGCGUCACGAGUAUGGUGCGCCUCAAAUAUCUCGUCACGUUUGCCAACUCGCUCGAUGCGACAUGGGACAACGUUGAUAUUGUCAUUUGGUCUAUUAUUGAAGUGACAUGUGCAAUCAUCUGCGGCAGUCUCCCGACGCUGCGACCUCUCCUCCAAAAGGUGCCAGGCUUCUUAACCUCUAUGAAAUCGUCGCAAUACGGCAUGGGAGGCCUAAGUGGCACGUCGGGAACUGGCGACCGGAGCCAGAAAUAUCACUCCGAAGUGAUGUCGCCUGGAGGCUCAAAACAACCCUCGCAGCCCGGCUGGGACCGGGGAGGGCCGGCCGAUUGGAAACAUAUACGCAAUACCUCCAGGCUGCGCCACCCUACGCUCUUCGCUGGCGGAUUUGAUUG